AAAGAGUAAUGGUGGUUCUGGAGAGUGCAGUAGUGGAUAUUUUUGAGAUGACAUAAAUAAAUAUUACUUUGCAUAGUGGCUUAUUUUAUUAUCACAUUUCAAACAAUAACUUAGUGCUGUUUCAAUGUGUGUUGUAGAAUUUGUUUGUAAUUGCAGAUUUGUAUACCAAAUCACUCAAAUUGUCAGUUUUGAUUGUGAAGUAGGCCUUUAGGUUAACUAGUAUGAUCAAAGAAAUUUUCAAUUAUUUUAGUUGAUUUUAGGUGUUAUAAGGUUGCAUAUUACACUAAAACUCAAAUAUGAGUUGGCUAAAGAGCAAUAGUCUUAGCUCCAGUUUUGGUAAACUUAAAAGUUCAUCACCUCCAAAAGAAUGUGACCCAUCUGCAUGUUAUGAGAGUUUCAAAAAGCAUUGGCAACAGACAAAUGAAAUAAUUGAGAAAACAGAGCCAACAAAAAAUCCACCACGCACAGAUGAUAUUCUUGGAGUAGUGAACCACCUUGACCACCUGGUUACCUUAUUGUGUAUCGAAAUGCGAUCAACCCACGAGAGUAAUCCUUGCCUGGAGUUUCUGCUCAGUGAGAACCUACUCGACAAGUUAUUCUUUUGGAGCACCCGAACUGGGAGAUACGGCAACGCUCUGAAGCUGGAGCAGAUCCGCCUGUACGAGACUCUGGUGAGCCAUUCUCACGCUCAGCUCCUGAUACACGAGUCGUUCCACCGGCCGCUGCAGGCCUUGCUGGCUUCUUGUGUCAGCCAGCUGUUUCCCGUCGAGGUGGAGAAGCGGUUGGUAGUCCUGCUCAAUCAGCUGUGUAUCUGCCUUGUACAGCACAGCCAGCUGCUCACUCUCUUCUUUCAAGAGGCCAAGGACGGUCAGCAAGCAGGGUUUACAAUCUUCUCACUGCUGAUGCACUAUGUACAUCGAGAUGGAGCUCUGGGACAGCAAGCUCGCGAUGCCCUUCUGCUGUGUAUGGUCCUCUCCAAGACCAACCAACCAGUGGCAGAGUUCAUCGCCCACCAGUCUACUGUCUGUCCAGUGUUGGCAACCGGGCUGAGUGGUCUGUACUCGGCUCUGCCCCGCAAGCUGAGUGUGGCUGUGGAGGACUGGCACCGGUUUACACCCGACGACGUGAACGAGAUACCGGAACUGGUGGCCUUCAUGAACAACCUGGAAUUCUGCAACGCCGUGGUGCAAGUGGCGCACCCGGCAAUCCGCAGUCAGCUGUUGGAAUAUCUCUACCAGGGGUUCCUCGUGCCUGUCAUGGGUCCUGCGCUGCUUCAGGAGACUGGGAUGACGGAGGGAUAUGGUUUCCCCUCUCCACUGCAGCUGUUACAAUCGUUAUACAUACAGCUAACAGGGAGUGUUCCUCAGAGCACAGAAGAAGAGUUGACUGCUGCAACGGCAUACUUUGACUUGUUCAUCCGCAGCCUGACUGAGCCCGGGCUGCUACAUUCCUUCAUCUGCUUCACGUUGCGGAAGACGUACGAUGGUCAGCGUAUCAUCGACAGUCUGGUGCAGAGGAUCAAAGCUACGUCUAGGCUGUGUCUGGUGACUCUGGCUCUGCUGGAGACGCUGGUAGAUCUCAACUGUGAGGACGUGAUGCUGGAGCUGGUGUUACGACACCUAGUGCCGUGCUCACACGUCAUGCUGUCCCAGCGGUCCAGGGUGCGCCACGUCGACCCCUACUGUCGCAGUGCAGACAAGCUACUCUCCAUGGCACCCAACAUCCCCAGGUUAGAGGUGUCAGAGAGCAGUUUGUAUGGGGACUACCAAGCGUACCUGCACGAUGCCCGUAGCAAGAUAGUGAGUUGUACUGCUGCGACCAGUGUCUGGACAUACCCCUACGACGGCGAGAACCCUCCUCACUCAGGGUUGCCUACAAGGCCAAUGGAGUUACCGGUAACAGCAGAUGGAGAAGCGGACCAUAGCUUGCCCUCAGCGGAUGAUGGGAGCUCGGGCUACGAGAGCUUUGCGCUAAAAGGAGGAGGGAGUGGACGAGGCAGCGAGUGCGAGAGCCCCUGUAGUAGUGGUGGGGCAGAGUCAGAGGGCGAUGUCAACCGCAACUAUUCACCCACCAAGACCUCCACACGCCCCGCCCCGCUACCACCCCAGCCCUGUGCAACAAUGAGUUCAAUACUGCCCCUACAAUUGGUGAGUCCUUUCCUGGACGUGUUGCUGGGCAAACUGGAAGGCAUGUUGACUCACGACUUGUACACCAAUCUCCGACUGACUGGCCUGAUCUCGAGGCUGGCUAUCUACCCCCAGCCCCUCCUCCAUUCACUGUUGCUGGAUCACUCUCUUGUCUUUCAGCCCAGUAUCCGUUCUCUUUUCCAGGUACUGGGGUCUCUGAAACAGCGGAUUGAAGCAGCGCUGGCGGCAGAGACGAGAGGACUGGAAGGAGUGAUAAGAGAAGCCCAGAACUACCUGCUGGAGAGAGAGGACAGACUGGUCAACGUGCGUAGACACGCUCUGGAAGCACCCUGCAGUUUGCCACCCACCAUCCAAUCCUCGCCUGAUCCCUUCGACAGAGGGGACAGCAAGCGCCGCAGUUUCUCCAUGGCUCUCAGUUCUGUGUUCCGCCGCAACGGCACUUCUCCAGCCAAAGACACCCGCAACAUCACAAACACACAGUCAUACAGAUAUCUACGCCAGGGUAGCCAGACGCAGACAAGGCAGGUGGUGAUGUGUGCGGUGUUACUAGAUGAGUGGCUUAAGGAAUUGGCUGCCAUCUCCCAGGAGCACACUAUUCUUAAGGUUUUGUAACAGGAGGAGUUCAUUCUUAAUUUGUGUAGCAAGUGCACUGGAGAGUUUGGCCCGCCCAUUGAAAACGUUGCCUGGCCAGUCCUGCCAAUCGCACAUACCUACUUACUAUCAGAGGAGUACUCUAUUCAACUUUGCAAUUCUUGAAAAGUACAACGUAAUACUACAACGUAUUUUAUAUGUUCAACAUUAAUGUUAAUCUUAAUUAGUCCGUCUUGCCAAAAAAUCUUACUGAUAACGAAGAAUUUGAAAGUUUGACUUUUGAUAUGGUUUAAUAUUUUUAUUUGUUUUAAUUUGACUAACAGUUUUUAUUUUUACAUGUUUUGUACUAAUCUGUGUAUGGUUUUUGCUUGUAACAAACGUUUGUUACGAGUUCUUGGUUUUAAACUCAUUGUAUUCUUUUAUUAUUUAGAUUCGCUUUUUUAUGUAUACGUACUUCUCAUUUUGUGUUUGGCUUUUAGACGUUCAUUGAUCUAAUUUAAACUUCUCCGUCCAGACAGGCUUUGCACAAAUAAUUUGUUUUGUUUUAAUCUGUGAAAUUGUGAUUUAAUCGUAGCUUUAAAAAUAUUUAAGAUUGUUUGCUGCCACUGUAGAUUUUAUAUUUUAGUAUUUUAAUCUGUAAUUAAUUAGGUUAGCAGUGCAUAGUGUAAAGUGAAUUAUAUUUGUUGUCUUAUAAUUAAUAAUUUUAUAUAGUGUAGGAUUGUUAUUGCUGUUAUUGAGUACUACCAUGACUUACUUAACCUUUUAUUCUUAGAUGUGUACUGUAAUUUUGCUUUAUUUUGAUGAGAGGGAUUAAAUUACAUAAUUUUUCAUUUAGUUUAGCUAAUAUUCUUGUAACAACCCGGUUUUGGUGUGUUUAUAAUAUUAUUUUUAAACAUUUAAAACUAGUUUUUGUGAUAACAUACGUUGUGUUUUCACUACUAAACAUUUUAUUAGUGUAGUAAAACUUAAGUUGUUUCGCUUAUAACUAAACCGAAAGAGUACGAGAGUUUUAACAAUGAAUUUAAUCCCUUUUCUCCUGUUAUUAGUUUUAUAGUUUGACAAUAUUUCUAUGUAGAUAUAUUUUUAUAUGUAUUUUUGUGUCAACGAAAUGUUUUACUGCUUUUUCGAACGCCAAUUCUUAUUCGUAACUAUUGAAAAUCAAAAUGAACUAAUGCAUAGUUUUACUUUGGAAAGUUGCUUUUUUUAUUUUGUGACUGAUAUAAAAAUUUGUUUGUACAGAGAUUUUAUCUAGGAGUAUCUACACGAACGGUGUAACCUGUACAUACGUAGGUAGUAGGAUAAAUAUAACAGAGCUCAAUUAUAUUGCAAUAACUUGGGUUGUACAUUAUAGAACUCAAAUGUCAUGUUACCACAUUAGUGUAGCUCUAACUGCACCUUGCAGGUUAAGUCAAUUUCCCUCCAAACCGUGCAAUAAUCUCCCUGAAGUUUUUAUGUUCAAGAAGAGUCUAUUCCUUGACCCGUCUUAAAAUUAAUCCUUUACCAGAUUAAAGUUGUUGAAAUAAAAGGUAUCAAUUAAU